AUGUCCGAGAACACCAACACCGUUUUGCGGUGUACCGAGUGUAACAAACCAUUCGAUAAGGACACGGGUACUAUUGUCGGUCCCGAGGGGCGGGCUACACUGGUCGGCCUAGAGCCUGUGAUUUCUGUUCAAGAACCAAGACACGUUGCGAUAAGAAAAGGCCCAAGUGCUCCCGGUGCAUGGCGAGCGGCAUUGAAUGUCAUUAUACUUCUAAGUCACUGA